CACUCGAUGAAAAGCAUAAAAUUUUGUUCAUUAGUUUCAUUAUUGAUUUGUAAGUUUAACAAAACGGGUGGCUUAAAGGAAUAAAAAGUUUAAAUAAGGAAUAAAUUAGCCUUAAUAGACCAUUAUGGCACUAGUGAUCAGAAAUGCAAUUGAUGUAUAUUGGACGAUAAAUAACGUAUGGGACGAUAAGAGAGUCAAAGAUUGGCUUUUCAUGUCAAGUCCAUUCAAGCCAAUUGCCAUUAUUGCGAUCUACUUAUUCAUCGUACUCAAAUGGGGUCCAAAAUGGAUGGAAAAGCGUCAACCAUACAAGCUGGAUUUCAUCAUAAAAACUUAUAAUCUGCUGCAAGUUGCAUGCUGCUUGUUUCUAACGGUCGACGUCUUUCGAUUAACCUUUGCACGAAACUAUAGCAUAAUUUGUGAACCUGUUGAUUAUUCUUACGAUCCUGUUGCUAUGAGAAUUGCUAGAUUUGGACAUUGGUACUUUUUAACAAAAGUAUUUGACUUAUUUGACACGAUUUUCUUCGUGCUGAAAAAGAAAAACUCUCACGUGUCGUUCUUACAUGUUUAUCAUCACGCUGGAAUGGUCGCAUUAACAUGGAUUGGAACUAAAUACGUUGCUGGUGGUCAUUCCGUCUUUACUGGAUGGAUUAACUCUUUUGUACAUGUAAUUAUGUACUUCUAUUAUUAUCUGACGACAGUUGAUAACAAAUACAAGCAGAGCUUCUGGAAGAAGUACAUUACACAGUUGCAAAUGGUUCAAUUCGGUUUGAUGGCUCUGCAUUGGCUGUCCCUAAUCUUAUCAAACGACUGUGGAUUCCCAAAGUUCAUUUCAUUCUUCAUGCUUCCUCAAAACGCAUUUAUCUUUGCUCUUUUCUUCGAUUUCUACAUGAAAGCUUAUGGAUCUAAGAAAACAAAGAUAGAAGACUCCAAAAAAUCUGAGCUGAACAUUGAAGUUGAGGUGAACAACAACCUUAAUCAGCCGUCAAUAACAAAAGUAAAUGCAAGAAAGGAAAAGAAUUAAUAUUCAAAAUAGAAUAGAUUUUAAGGUUAAACGCAGAAUAGUCCAUAGUAUUAAAAUACAAUUACCAUUAAAUAUAUUUAAAAUCCCGUAAACACGCUCUACCGUAAAUAAA